AUGGAUGUAUGGAUGAUGCAGGAUCAGUAUAAGAGACUACUUCCAAAAUUCACAUUGCGUCAUCCGUCAGUUGACGACUCUGCAGUGCCACUGCACGUUGACAUCGACGAAACGGAGGAACCGCUUAUGAUGCAUUCGAAUCGAAUGUGCACUAAUUGUGAUGCAUAUAGGUCUCGAUCGAGUGAACGAGGCGAUUCACACGAAUCAUCAGGUUUUGCUGAUUCGAGGGACGAUGACACGGAUAUACCAUCAUCAUGUACUGCACCUGUUAGCCCAUGUGUACCACUUUCAGCGAGCAGCUCGGUCUCUGAGGGAUGGAAGUAUUCGCAACGAUUGUUAUGGAAGCUGAAACCGCGUUAUGUGAAUUUCAGUCAUGCAUCUAGUGCGUCAUCAUCACUUGAUUCUGCAUGGCGAUCUUUGGACAGCACGACGUGGAAAUCAACAGAUGGAACAGAGGUCCAUUUGAAAGGUACUCGGCUGGAGAUGCUUUCUGAGAUUGAACGACAAACGCUACAAGUUUUUGCACUACAAAAGCUCAACAGAAUGUUACCUAAUGUACAAAUUGGAAAACCGAAAGAUCCCAUUUCUGUGCUGCGCCAAAAACGUCAGAAAUUUCUGAAAGCAAGAGGCGCGUUGAAUGUCGGCGAAACUAAUAGGCGUGCAUCGGGAUCUUCAACAGACGAUGAAAGGAAGAUUUUCGGAAUAUCGUUGUUGAUGGCUAUUGAAAACGAUCGUAGAUUGGAUGAUGAACUGCGAUGUCGAUCCUUGGACGAAUGUGAUCCUGAUCCUAAUUCAAGUACCUCCUCAAGAAAGAGAUUCUUGAAAGAUAAGGCAAAAUCAAUUGUGCGUUCAGAACCAGAGAUAUUGGUGGCAUUAGAGGAGAGUAAACCCAUUUUUUCGAAGAAAGAUGAAGAUGCCUCACGAGCGCUGCCGUCAGGAACGCAAAGUGGUAGUGCGUCACCGUUGAUUGCGAGUCGUAUGCACCAACAACCACCCACUAAAAAUGCGUCCUUCUCCGAGAAUCUUCUAACUACGCAGUGUGCUGUCGAAGGAUUGUCAAGCUAUGCAAAUUUACAACAGCGAUAUGCCAGAAAAUACCUCACAUCAGUCUCAAGUGCAUCGUCUUCAAUUGAUCGUUCGUUGUGUCGUGAAGAAUCUUCUGAUGCUCAUUCACUUCAUGUACCACGCAUCGUUGCCGACUGCACUGAAUAUCUCCACAAUAAUGGAAUGAAUGCAGUGGGUCUUUUUCGUGUUGCCGGUUCAGCUAAACGCUGUCGGCACCUUCGCAGUGCUCUAGAAAAAUCGAGCUCACAAAAUCUUCCUCUGCUGGAAAUGGUCACUCCACAUGACGUUGCCACUUUACUCAAAGAAUACUUCAGGGACCUACCCGAGCCACUGUUAUCCAAGGACCAUUAUCACGCAUACAUAACAGCUGCAAAAACAAGCGUCGAAGAACGUAUUGAGUGCAUAAAAAUGUUAAUCGCAUUACUACCGCAACCAAACAUCGAUACAUUAUUUGUUCUACUAAACUUUCUUCACGAUGUUGCUGCAAACGCGAAUGAUCAGCUGAAUGACUGUGGUGAAGUGGUGCAAGUUGGUAAUAAAAUGGAUGCGCGAAACUUAGCGACUAUUUUUGCGCCAUCAAUUCUACGUUCUGAUCAUGCGAAACCGCAUACAACAUUAACGGAUAACGAUGCGCAAGUGACAGUGGUUGAAACAAUGAUCGAAUAUGUUGAUAGCAUAUUCACCAUAACGGCUGAUACUCAAAGCAGAAUAUUCAAAAAAUUACGUGAAACAGAUCCGGAUGGGCUAGAUAGGAUUCUGAAUCACUUAUCAAGAUGUGAACAGUACGUCGGAUUACAACCAUCACCAAACGCUUGUGCAACGAUGCCGGAAGAAGAUUUUACGGUGGCACAGAAUCGCAACAAUCCUUCAGUAGAAAAUCAGCUGAGGCGUCGAUCCAAGGAGGACGAUCAAUCGGGCAAUGGGAAAAGAGAACGUAAUGAUGAAGAGACGUCGGAUGAGUUGCAUUGUGCUGCAAUAUCUUCUCGAGUAACUCCAAUGAGAAGUAUGGCGGAUGCGACGACAAUUGCUGCCAGAGACAGUGCUUUAGGUGCAAGACGUCGUCUGAGAAACGUCAUAAGAGUACUAACGACCGCAAGGCUUCGAGUAAGACGAACACCAAACUCAUCGUUAACAUAG